UUAGCUUCUCCCUCUCACACCUCUCCCACACCCUGGGGAUUCCUUUCACAAUGGCUCCUAGUCCGGCUACUUCCAUUCCCUUCCGUUGCUGUCCAGCGAAUACGUCCUUGCUCCAGCCUGCCUCAUCUGUCCUGUGGUAUUACAGACCCUUCGUCCACACUGGCUGCCAGAAUCAUAUUUCUAAACCAAACUGACCAUGUCAUCCAUACUUAAACCAACAUUCAGGACAGUGUAAAUUACUCAGCUUGCCAUUCAUCUGACAAAUACUGGGGUGGGAUGGGGUGACUUACCAUAUGCCAAAGCAGUUCUUACAGGUACAGAAAUACAGCAGUGAACCAAACAGCAAAAGCCCUGCUCUAGGGACCCAUCAUAGUCUGGACCCCAGCAACCCUUUACAGCCCUGUCUUCCCCAAAGUCCUUCCAGCCCACCUCCCCUGCACCAUGCACUCUGGUCUCUGCCUCUCAAGGCUUCCUUUGCUGGCCACGUUUGGAGAGACCAGUCCCCUCCUCCUAGAUCCCUCCAUUCCCCAAGUUGCCCACAGGGUGGCCUAGGGCUCCUCUGCAGAUUGAGGCCCCUCUUCCAGCCAACUAGAGCCCCGCUGCCCCUCCCUUGCCCCUCCUGGAUUGUGAGCUAAGAGCCAGGGGUGAGAGGCUUGGGACCUGCGUGGCUCCCUCAGGCCUGUGGUGGCCGCCACCCACCACACAGGAAGCAGGGAAGGAGUGCGGCCCUCACCCCACCCAGGAAUGUCUGGUCCCCAGGCUUCAUGCUGGGCACAGGGGACCUCAGUCUGCACUCAAGUUGCUUGCCCUGCAGUCGGCAAGGAAGACAAGAGACGCGGUGCCAGUGUAGAGUGCCGAGUGUCACACGCCCCAGAUCCGUGCACCAGGUUCUUCCUGACCAACGACCAGAUCCAUCUCUAUAUGGAUGAGUUCUCCUGGAAGGACGUUACCAAUGCCUUGUCCCUGGCCAACAUGAUCCUGGGGCUCUUCUCCAUCUUCUGCAGCGUCUGCAAGAAAUGCUACAGUGCCUCCUGGAUGCUUCUGAUCAGCUUCCUAUUAGACAUGGCAGUUGGGACGAUAACCAGACACCUCAGCCUCUGCUCCAGAUCGGGGGUGGAGCUGAAUGACUUUGCUGUCUUCACCACCUUUGGCCUGGCCUCAGCCCUGCUCCUAGGCGUGGAUGGGCCUCUGAAUGCGUUCCUGGCUGUCAUCUAUGUGUUAGCUGCUACCUUCCGGCUGUGUUUUUAUUCAACCGGUGUUCCCUUCACAUACAAGGGUCUACCCUGCCGCUAUGCUUCCUGUGUUUUGGCCUCCACCUGCCUUCUGACCAAAGGCAACACGUUCAUUCUGUCUUGCAUGGCCUCACUUAUGAUUCUGUUCAUGAUGGACCAGAGCUACUAUCCACGUGAUGAGAUCCUGGGGUCUGAGAACUGGAAAAAAUUGAUUUAUCUGGGGGGUGUCAUCAUGCUGCUUGUGUCUCCAUUCUCCCUAACUGCUUUUUACUGCCUGAUGUGGUCGCUGUCCUACAUCUUCUUUCCAGAUGCUCUGUGGGGCAAGGCAGCAUGCUUCAGGCUACAGCACCAAAGAAAGUGAACAGCUUCACCCACUCCCACUGGCCUCUGUGGGGUUUGUGCCAGCAUAUCGGGCCAAGCCUCGCCUUAUCCUCACUAAAUCUUUCUUUGUCCCUA